AACUGAAAGGAAAAAGAGCUAUUUAUUUAUUUACUAUUAUUAUUAUUAUCAUUAUUAUUUUUGUUUUUUCAAAUAAAGGGAAAAGAGUGGAGAAGACAAGCUGUUCGUUGCUGUCACUCUUGCGGGGAAGUAACGAAUAUUCCUACGAAAGAUUUGGUCAUCAAAACCAGUCGAUCGGAUUGGCCGAGACUGAUUUCUUUUCGACAAUAAUAAUGGGUUCCGAAGGUUUCCCCUGAUCGUCGGAGAGGAUGUCCCAAGCCGACGUCUCAUACUGGACUGAGGAUUGCUCCAAUUUGCAACCUACACUUUGGCAUCUGGGUAGGGAAUUGGUUGAGUAUCCUUAAACCUGUUGUGGGUCUUGUGGAUACCCUCUGAACCUAACAUCUUCCAAUCGUAUCACCUCAGGCAUAGGCUCUGAAUAUCAGAAAUCAAUAAAAAAAGGUUUGAUUUCCUUUCUAUCAGUUGAUCUCAGUCGAUUCACACAGGUUGAUGAGGUAAACUGUUUACCUAUCUCAUGGGGUCGUUAUCGUUCAAAAACGAAACUUCUCUGUCGUAAAUGUGGGGCUCAUAUUGGCUAUGGGUAUGGAGAUUCACCUGCACUAUGUGGCUUUGACUCUCCUAAUUCAUCUACUUCAGCAUAUAAAAAAUUCACUGUAAAGAUCCGAGCACUGCAGCCUUCGGAAGAGUGCUAAGAAGGUUGACAUGGAAGACUCAUAUGGUAAUGGCCUAACCUCCAUUAUGCACCUGCCUGAUGAUUGUCUCUUCUUUAUUUUCCAACGGCUCAAUUGUACAACAGAUUGUGAAUCAUUUGGCUUGACCUGUCACCGCUGGCUUCAUAUACAAAACCUUAGCCGCCAUUCCUUACAAUUCCAGUGUUCCUUAAACCUACUCAACCCAUUGUCAUUGUUUAAUGCCCAUCAUGAUGCUAGCUCCUUCCAUCUACAAAGGCUGCUCACCCGCUUUCAGCAUCUGCAGUCUUUAUGUCUGUCUGGUUGCACGGAGCUACCUGAUUCAGGCUUGACUCAGCUGCAACACUAUGGUUCAAAAUUGCAAACUCUUUAUCUGGAUUGCUGUUAUUGUAUCACUGAUCUUGGAUUGUCUCUAGCUGCUACAAGUUGCCCAUUGUUAGUAGUUAUUAGUCUUUACCGGUGUCGUAUCACUGAUGUUGGUUUAGAAAGUUUGGCUUCUGCUUGCUCUGCUCUAAGGCAUGUAAACCUCUCUUACUGCUCGCUUAUUUCUGAUCAAGGGAUAAGAUCUCUUUCACAAGGAUGCCGUCAACUCCAGACAGUUAGAAUGGCUCAUUGUAUGGGGAUAACUGGUAAUGGCUUUAGAGGUUGUUCAUCAACGUUAGCUCAUAUAGAAGCUGAAUAUUGCAAGCUUGAAUCAGAAGGCAUAGAGGCAAUGGUCAGUGGUGGUGGAAUAGAGUAUUUGGACUUUUCUGCCAUAGGUGGGUGUUUUCGUGGAGAUGGUUUCUCAGGAAUUGGAACAGGAUUUGCAUCAAGACUUAAAAUCCUAAACCUUCGGAUGUGCAGAACAGUCGGUGAUGAAUCCAUUAUGGCAAUUGCAAAAGGGUGUCUGCAACUUCAAGAAUGGAACUUAGCAUUAUGCCAUGAAAUAAGAACAACAGGAUGGGAGUGUAUUGGGAUCAAUUGUCAAAAUUUAGAGAAGCUUCAUGUGAACCGAUGUCGGAACUUAUGUGACCUUGGGCUGCAGGCUUUGCGAAAUGGGUGCCAAAGGCUCUCUGUUUUGUACAUGAGCCAUUGUUCUAAGAUAACUAUGACAGCAAUAGAAUUGUUCAAAUUUUAUAGGUUUGAUGUUGAUAUCAGAGAAGAGGAAGUAAUGUGUAUAGGGCCUAAGUUGGCAUUUAGAUUUUAAUGGUGAUGGAAAUAUAUUCUUCAACUUGGUUCACAUGAACAGGUAAGCAUUCUGGAGAUUGAACUUUCUGGACGCUUAUAAUUCUUGAGAUUAUUUAUACCAUGUUUGUUUGAAGCAUUGGUAAUUAUUAAUUGGAACUCCUAAAAUUUCAAAUAUUUAUGAGAUCUCUCUUGCAGGCUUACUGCCUUUCGGUUGUGCUACAUAUAAUUCAUAGUGAGUGUUCUGUAGAGCACAUACCAAAAUGAGGACAGUGAAUAAAGACUUUUAUUCAAAUAA